AAGAAAAAAAGAAAGAGACAGAGAGAGAGAGAAAAUUAAGGACAAAGCUCGCACUUCUGUCCGAGGAGAAAAGCGUCUGGUCUGACAAAAAGCCUUACUCACAGCUAUGCUGGAAUUGCAUCAGCCAUCGUGCUGGUCCCUACUGGGGAGCAUUGGAAAGUUCUCCUCGGCCGCUGCCCGUCCUGCCCGCGAGCUGCUUGGGCAUCCUGGUGCGCGCCGGGUGCCACGGGGUUUCCUGGUGGCGUUUCGGCAUCGCUGCCCACCUGCACCCCGUGGGCUUCAGGCGCAGAGAGGAAAGUGCCGACUGCUGCUCAGCUAGCGGGUUACUGCAGCCAGACGGAGGUGGAGAAAGGGCCUGCGGGCACGGUCUGCCCGCAGCCCGGGCAGGGGGAUGCCGGACGCGAUUCCUGAUGGUGCGCCGAGGAGCUGCCCACAUCAGUCCCUCAUCGACCGGCGGGAGAACGGGUCCCCCGCGCGCUUAAAGCGCGGGACGCAAGCCUGGCUUCCGUCCCCGGGGCAGGCGAGGGGCCCAGGCAGAUGCUGCGGGUCGUUUUUCACUUCUGGUGAUUUACGGCUCCAGAGCCCCUGACGACAGGGCAGGGGUUCGACUCUGCGCUACUCCCACAUCUGCUGCAUCGCUUUGCCUCAGGACUAGUUUGCAGGCGCUGGUUUUCCCGUGCUAGCAGGACCCAGGCCUGUUCUGCUGUUUCCCAAGGGCAGGGUAACACAUUUCUUCCCUAGCAGGAAUUCCCUGUUUCCUAAGCAGUGCCGCUCGCUGGCAGCCCUUCCCGGAGGCAGCCGGCGGGCUGCACACUGCUUGCGUCUCGGAGCAGCGUCGCUGGAGGAGCUUCCAGGCUGGGGGGAGGCUGCGGAGCAGCGCGGCAGGGAGAAGGCACGCGGGGCCGCAGGAGCUGCGUGUAGUGCCCGUGCCCCGGGGAGGGGGCUUAGCUGAGCGGAGACGGGUGUUUGGGGUUCCUGGCACUGCCGGGCAGCGCUCCUUUCGGCAGGGUAGCCGGGGGCUGGGAGAUGCCCUCUCCCGCCGGGCAUCCCUCACUUCCCAGGGGACCUCCCUCUCCGCGGGCACUUGGUUCGGGGGGCAGCAGGGCGGGUGGCAGUAGGGCACGGCCGCUUUGCCAGCUGCAGGGUGUCGCUCCCAGCUCGGCACGAGCCAGCGCCAGCUCGCUCUGGCACUCCGCUCGUUCCCUCGGGCUCGCGACCAAGCUCGGCUCCGCGAGGCGGAGGCUGUCCGGCGCGGCGGGCUCGGGCAGGCGCAGAACUUGGCCGCAGCAGAGCGGCACGACUGGCUUUUCAACGCUUCGGCCUCUCCUUCGAGAUGGGAUUCGCUGUCCGAGCCCCCCUGCUGCCCUCCUUCCUCCCCGCUCCGGCAGGGUUAAGUUCACCCGCCGGCGGUGGCAGGUGCCCACGCAAGCAGCUUUGCGUGGGAGCUAAGAGCCCCAUGCUUCCGACUCCGCCGGGAAGUUUGUGAGGUCUUUUAUCGUCCCGGCAGUGGAAUUGCAGCCGCCCGUGCCAAAGCGAAAAACCUUUCCGGCCCGCGCUGGGGGAGGAGGCGGGGAGCAGCAGCAGCGCUCAAGAGCUGCCUGCCAUCAGCGAGGUCAAGUGCUAGGGUACGGUGCGGGAGCAGUGGCCAGCGCAGGAUGGAAGAGCCAGCACAGGAGCCGGUGCUUGCUGUCCCCCCUCCGCGGCGCAGCCCGCGGGCCCGGCGGGGGGUGGGAAGCGGGGCCCGUCUGGUGCCUGCGGACGGCAGCGAGCAGCCGCGUCCCCGCGGAGGAGCGCGCCGAGGCCGGAGGGCCGCCCGGAGGAGCCGCGGGCGCUCGCGGGCGCACAGAGCCCCUCUGUUCCCGCAAACAAGGGCCCGCUUGUGCCGCCGCCUCCGGGUGCCACGCUCGCCGGCCAGGGAGGCCUUCGGGGCCCCGCACGGCCCCGCGCAUCCUCGGCGGCUCUGUCCCGGGCGCCAGCUGGUGCGCAUCCCCCCGCAGAUGACACCUGGGGACUGCCUCCUCCUCCUCCCCAGGCCCGGAGGGGAAGCUGCGGCACCCAGCGCUCUCCUUUUCCUCGGCCAGCGGAUGGUUGGGAAGUGCAAGCUUGGAGCUCGCUGGAGACCACCCCCCCCAAUCCCAAGUAUCUUCUGUGGCACAGAAGCUGGAGGCUCGGAAGAGCUCGCAGGCACUGCGGCAGCACGGAGAGACACGGUGCUGCUCGGAGGGGGUUGCCUGUUUUAUUAUCCGACAGGUUCUGUCGCAGCACCGAGCGGGACCCCGAACGCUUUACGGCCAGGGCAGAGCGGGAGUCGGUGCAGCGACUGGCACACGCGUGCCAAGCGCCAGCCGCGUCCCGGCAGCAGGGUCUUGGCCCUGCUGUGGAUGGGGACAGCAGCUGCCUCUGAGCAGCGAGCAGCCAAAUUCCCACAGGAACAUCCCUUGGCAGCCGAGGCAGCUAGUACAGACGGAGCCAUGUAAUCCUCCUCCUCCGGCCGCACCUCCAAGAGCAUCACGGGUCUCUCCGCCUCUCCCUUUCCUCCACCGUUCCUUCCCCCAUCCAUCCGCGCCAGCCCCUUCCCUCUCGGCUUCUCUCCUCCUUUGCGCUCCGGAGGAGGUGGCCCCAUCCCAGCAGGAAGGACGUAUGGCGAGCACCAGCUGAUAGCCGGCGUGAAAACCGUAUACGUUUUGGCAGCAGAUCGUGCUCAAGAGUUUUCCGCGCGACGCAAUGCCUGGCGCAAUGUUUCCCCAUCCUCACCCUGCUGAGGGCCAGGGCUACCGUGGCUUAUCCAGGGGCAUCUUCUCUCCUGCGAGACCCAGGGGCUCCUCGAAGGACCAGGCGCUCCCGGGCUCGCCUCCCUCGCCCUUUCAAACAGGGGCCGGCAGCAGGAGCAGCACGGCCCGCGUGGGUCCGCUCCGCGUGCCUGAGCCAAACCAAAUCUAAACAGACUUUCCCCAAGUCGCAAGGAGUCUGGCCAAGAGGAGCAAACAGCCUUAUUCACUUGGCAGCAACACAAGCCAUGCAAACAACCAGCUAAGUAACAAGCAGCAGCAAGUGUUAAACGUGAAUCAAAUUGCAUGUGCUGGAGAAACAUGACAUCUACCAGACUGCAACCUUAACCGUGGCGUGCUUAAAGCAAGGCUCUGCUUCAGCAAGUAACAUAAUGAUUUGUUUCAAACCAUUUUCCUACAAAGAGCCUGUCCACAGCAUUUCGCAUGGAGCCGGCCCCAGACAUUGCUGCGUCCGCAGCCUCAGCCCUCCAGGCUCUGAGGGCUGGUGCCCCCAGAUGCUACUGGAUGCAUGAAGUUGCAACCCAGAACCAGAGGUCCCAACCUAGACAUUAGGUGGAGAAAAAGCAUCUUAAACAACAGUGAGAGAAAUAACCCCCUCUGGGAGAGGGACAGACCCCCACCACCACCACAAGGGCAUCAACAGUUCAGCCUCCAGCUGGGCAAAGGAGGUGCCAGGCAGCUUGGCAAGCACGUGGGAGAGCACAGGUCUGCAGGAGCGGCUCCCGCAAUACCUGCUUCCUGGGCUUGCUCCUCCUCUCUGCAGGGAGGACUGUCCUGCGUUGCUUCCAGGUGGUGCGCGCAAGCUCCGUAACUUUGGCAUCAGCUGCCCAGAGGCACCGCUCAGGGCACUGCGAGCACAGCCCCACUGCACAGGUGCUGCAGGCUCAGACCUCCUUCCAGGAGGGGUUAAAUAGGAGCGGCAGAGUGACCCGGAUGCUUCUCAUUUAGCGAGUGUCAGGGAAGAGCUCCCAGGCCGAGCGCGGCCCUGGGAAGGGAUGCCGAGGAGCAGAAGAUGCCUCCUAGAUAGCCCAGGACGCCGGGUGCUGGGAGAGGAGCUCCUCUGAGGAGCGCGGGGACUUUCCACCGAUACGAAAGCCUCGGCUUCUUCAGCCUCUCCCCAUGGAAAGGAGAUACGCUUUGCCCCAGGAUUUCCGGGACGUGUUGCACUGCCUGAAGAUGAGGAGCAAGUACGCCGUGCUCCUGGUGUUUGUCGUAGGGCUCGUCAUUAUCGAGAAGGAGAACAACUUCAUCUCGAGGGUGUCGGACAAGCUGAAGCAGUCGCCGCAGGCGCUGGCGGAGGCCAACGGCACGGACGCCAGCCUGGCGCCGGCCGAGAACGGCUCCCUCGAGUCGCUCCGCGAGCUGGACGCUGCCUUCUCACGGCUCAGGACCCGCCUGCGCAACGUCACCCUGGAGCUGAGCGGGGGCCAGGAGCCGGUGGGCACACCGAGCCCCGGGCCCCGGCGGCACGUGCUGCUGAUGGCCACCACCCGCACGGGCUCCUCCUUCGUCGGAGAGUUCUUCAACCAGCAGGGCAACAUCUUCUACCUCUUCGAGCCGCUCUGGCACAUCGAGAGGACAGUGACCUUCGAGCCAGGGGGGGCCAAUGCCGUGGGGUCGGCCCUCGUCUACAGGGACGUCCUCAAGCAGCUCUUCCUCUGCGACCUCUACAUCCUGGAGAACUUCAUCUCCCCGGUGCCCGAGGGCCACCUGACGCCCUUCAUGUUUCGGCGGGGCUCCAGCCGCUCGCUCUGCGAGGAGCCCGUCUGCACGCCCUACGUGAAGAAGGUCUUCGAGAAGUACCACUGCAAGAACCGCCGCUGCGGCCCGCUCAACGUGACGCUGGCGGCCGAGGCCUGCCGGCGCAAGGAGCACAUGGCGCUGAAGACGGUGCGCAUCCGGCAGCUGGAGUUCCUGCAGCCGCUGGUGGAGGACCCCCGGCUGGACAUGCGCAUCAUCCAGCUGGUGCGGGACCCCCGGGCCGUGCUGGCCUCCCGCAUGGUGGCUUUUUCGGGCAAGUACGAGACCUGGAAGAAGUGGGCCUCGGAGGGGGCGGCCCCGCUCAACGAAGACGAGGUGCAGCGGCUGCGGGGCAACUGUGAGAGCAUCCGCCUCUCGGCCGAGCUGGGGCUGCGGCGGCCGGCCUGGCUGCGGGGCCGCUACAUGCUGGUGCGCUACGAGGACAUCGCCCGCUCGCCCCUGCAGAAGGCCAAGGAGAUGUACCGCUUUGCCGGCAUCCGCCUCACGCCGCAGGUGGAAGAGUGGAUCGGCAAGAACACGCAGGCGCCCCAGGACAGCAGCGGCAUCUACUCCACCCAGAAGAACUCCUCGGAGCAGUUUGAGAAGUGGCGCUUCAGCAUCCCCUUCAAGCUGGCCCAGGUGGUGCAGAACGUCUGCGCCCCGGCCAUGCGCCUCUUUGGCUACAAGCUGGCCGGCAGCCCCGAGGCGCUCACGAACCGCUCGCUCAGCCUGCUGGAGGAGACGCGGGCCUCCUGGGUCACGUAGGCGCCCGCGCCGAAGCCGACCGACGGGCGCGAACGGGGGGGGGAGCAGGGGGCUCGCGCGCGUCCCCCGAGGCGUGGAGUCCCCAGGGGACGCCUGGGCUGGUCGCCCUCCGUAACCGGGCUCCCCGGCUGGCCCGGGGCGGGGGCAGCCCGGAGCGCCGCCGCUCCCGCGCCUCGGCUCCCAGCCGGCUGGGAAGGACGCGAAGCCGAGACGAGCGCCCCAACAAGGAGAAUCCAAGCCGAGCCCGAGGGCGGCGGCCCCUUGCCCAAGCCGGCGGCCCAGCCCGACGCCGCGGGAGCAGGAGCGCUGCCGAAGGCCGCUGCCGCCCGUCGUGCCGCUGGGCUCGUCCAGCUGGCCUCGGCACCGCGAUCGCUUUGGCGCUGCGGCGGCGCCGAGGCUGCGGGGACGUCAAAGCCGGGCCGGAUGCGCUCCCGCCGGAGCGGACGUUUACCGGCAGCGAGCUCGGCAAGCCCGCCGGGCCGCCCCCCUCGCGGGCCUGGCCCGCUCCCGGCGGUGCCUUUUCCUUGCGUUAAGGAGCCCCCGGCUGCCCGGGGAGGGCAGAGCCGAGCACUUACGUCCUCCGGAACGCGCGGAGCAAAGCGCUUUCCCAGGUGCUUUUCAGGGUGGUUUUGUGGGUUUGGGGUAGCUUUUUUUUUUUUUUUUUUCCUUGCAAGGAAGACGCUGCCAACGCCUGCCCUGUCCGAAAUCGGUUGGAGAACGGAGGCUUUAACAGUGGCGACUGCGAGGCAAAUUUAUUUAUUUAUUCUAUGGAAAAGAGGGAAAAUGCAUCAGGAGUCAGAGCUAAGCCCAAAAAUCAGAGCAGCAAAGAAACGGAGGGACUCUGCCAGCCCCCGGCCCACCAGAGUCGCCCAGCGGUGGUUAGGGCAGGUUUGGGGAAGCGGCUUUCCCCCCCCGGCCCAGGGCUGAGCCGGCCGAGGAGGCCAGAUACCCUCUCCCAGCGGAUCCAAAAAGCUCGUUUUGCUCGACGUAUUUAAUUAAAAAGAAAGAAAGAGGAAUUGGAGCAGAAUCGGAAGCACCUCCCGUCUCUUUGAUGCGCGUGGGCACCCUUGCUCCGCCGCACAGCGGUUUGCGCGCCGAAGGCCGGUCUCCGCAGACCGCCCGGAGGCCGACGCCGGGGACGUGCCUGGGGCGUCGCGGGCGCUGGCGGAGCCCCUCCCGCCGCGGGGAGGCGCGCGGUGCUCUCCGCCAUGCGCCGGGCGCAGCGGGCCUCUCCCCGCGCCCCACCGCCACCGUCAGCCCCAUAAAUAUCCACCACCGGUGCCGGCUUGUAAUUUAUACCUGAGGUUUGGUAAAGCAGCAGAGCGGGUUUGGGUCUUUGCCACGCUGCGCAGUAGCCUGGUGCUGAACCGUCCCCUCCGGUUAGUAUUUAGUGAAUUAAAAUCACUAUUUUUAGCGCACUUUGCAGUAGGUGCCUUUACUCCCAAGCCAGCAUAUUUUGGGUUAUAGUGGCCACCAAAGAGCCAAGCCACACGCUUUGCUCUGUGCUGUCCUUGCUGCUGAGCCCAUGCAGCAGGUUUCACAGAGUUUUGGAGCAGACGAGUCAUUCAGCGGACCUUCGCGUUAGAGGCGCGUUUUAGCGGAGGCCGGGGUCAGGAAGGCCGUCGUGUCCUCCCACCGCUCUCAGCGGAGGGGCCCAACCCGUCCCUUCGUUCUUGACCUGAGCACGACCGGCAAGGCGAGGCGGGAUGUUCCAGCGCUCUUCAGCGAAGAGCCGCGCUGUGCCGGGCUGGCGAUCCAGCAUCUUCCAUCAGCGGUGACAGCGUUCCCAAUUAGGCACCUAAUUGUCAUUAUUUUGCCGAGUCCCAGAAGCCCAAACAACAAACGCAGCCAGUCUUUCACAUGCAAUCACCUUCACGUUAUGCCUCAUUGCUUAAGCCUCAUUGAAGCCAAUUAAAUAUAA